AAUAAUGAAAUCAAAGUUAAAAAUAAAAACAGGAAGAAGAAUUUGAAAGAUUCAAAGUCUAUUUUAGUAUUAUCCAGUGGAAUUAGUACAGCACCACGAGAAGAAGAGAAGAUAUUUAUAGAAGAAAAUAAUGUAUACAGAGAUUUUCCAAAUGAAAAUCCCUUUGGAGUCCCAGAACAUCUCCAGGAUCAACUGGAGGAAUUCGAAGCUCGUUAUAAUAUUGCAAAUAAUAACAAUUAUCAGAUUAAUAAUAAUAAUAAUCCAGAUCCAAUCUCUGAGAAUUUAUAUGAUUAUUUCUCUCAAAUCUUGGAAGAACAUGGCCCUCUGGAAAUUAAUAAUAAAUUGCUGAUUGGGGAAUAUGAGAAUUUCCCUGAGGAGACGCGGAAGGUGGUGGAAGACCGGGGCGGCCUGGAGGCCUUCCUGCUGAAAUCCCUGCGCUUCCUCAUGGUGGAUAAUCUGAUAGGCCUGCAGAAGCACUCGGCCCUUUUUGAGGGAGAUCCGAGCAGAAAUGAGAAUAAAGAUAAAAAUCCCACACCUGGGCAGUGCCAGGGGAACCCUGCCCACACCAAGCUGCCCCUCAACCCCUAUGCCCAGGAGUUCAAACCUCUCUCGUACCCCGUGGAGGCCCCUGUGGCAGCAGCUCCUGAUUUAUCCGAUUAUCACACCCCACAAUAUUUCCCCUGCUCCUUCCCUGCUCCCUGCACUCCUGGAAAUCCUCUAGAAAACGAAAAUAUUGAUUCCAUGGAAAGCCAGGCUCCGUUUUCAGGUGUUUUACUGGAAGGCUUCCAGCCUGCAGGCCCGGCUGUGUUUUUACCUCAGAGCUCCUGGGGUUAUCAGUAUGGAAUCUUGCCCCUGGCACAGGCUGGGCUCAUUUAUGCUGAUCCUGCAGCUCCUGGGGAACACCUGCACUCAGCAAUCCCCAGCCCGGAGCUCUUUGUGCCAGCUGAAAUCCAGCAGUGCAAAGGCCCCUGGGGCCAAGUGGAGAACUCGGAUAAAAAGGAUUCUGCUUUAUCAAAUGGCUCAGGUGAAGCUGAGGGUGAUAAAUGUGUUAAAAAGGAAAAAGGAAAGAAGAAUAAAGGCGGGGUGAAGAGCAAUCCUCACACAAGGAUGGUGGCAGUGCAGGUAAAUCAGGAAGUUGCUGAUAGGGAAACCAAUACUUUGCCUUUCCAUCCAUUUGAAAAUCAACAGGUGUCCCAGAAUGAGCUGGAUUGGUUCCACCAGGACUCGGAGGCACAGAUGAGGAAAUGGCAGCAGGAGAAGAAGGAGAACCGGGAGAAUUUAAAGGCUCUGAAGGGCACAGCCAAAAAGCACUCAGACACCAACGAGAGGUAUUUGAAGAGCAUUGAGGAGAAGGAAAAGCAAUAUAAUGCAAGUGUAAAGACAUUUCUGAAGGCCAGUAAGAAAUUUGCUAAUGAGAAAAGCAAAUUGGAAGAGCUGAUAAAAAAGAGUCAGAAUGAGAGGCAGUGCCGCAGUCUGGGGGACAGGACACGGCCCUGGCGUCACCGGCCACGGCAACAGCUCUGGGCUUUCGCUCCAAGAUCCGGGAUUUCUCCUGGUUCCUGCCUGGCAGCGCACAGCACUGCUGUGCUUUUGGCUAAGGGACACCGGAAGUACCAAAUUCUUUGAGCAGUGCAUCAUUCCUGUGCUUUUCCCUCAGAUUUAUUCCAAUAUCAUUCCUGUGCUUUUCCCUCAGAUUUUUUCCAAUAUCAAAACAAGUAGGUGACCCAAAGGAUGGACCAACAGAAGUGGGAAUCAAACAUUCCCCUUGGCACAGACUGGUGUGGUCUUUGCAGCUCCUCUCUCUGCACAAACCCACAGCUGAGAAUUCAAAUUGCUUAAAUAAUGACUUUUAGUCACAUUUUGAAGCAAAAAUUUUAAAUUUUUCAUUUGGAUCCGUUUUUAAAUCUCAAAAUAAGGUUGAAAUUUGGAUUCCCCUCCUUGUUGAAGAGCUGUUUAACUGGGAAGGAUUUUUUAAAAUUAUUUUUAAAAGGAUUUUUAAGUGACACUUCCUCUAUAUUUUGUGCAGGAAUGGGCACCAGCAGCAGCAGGGGCAGAAUUCCAACAGCUCAGGGAAUUUUCUCCCACUGUUUUAUGAGUCUGAAGUGGCCAGAGAACUUUUAACUCAGACAAAUUUGUCCCAAACAGCCAAAGGUGAGGACCAGAGCCUGAGAAUCUUGAAAUUAAACCCAAUAUUUUGAAUCCAGGGAGCACCACGUGGAUUAGGAGCCCUUGGCUAAUUCCAGGGAUCACUUGUUCCCCACACUGCCUGACUCCUCCAGCUGAAGUUUUGAACUCCUCUCUCAUUUAUCAGUGUAUUACUUACCACAAUAAUUAAAAAUAAAAUUGCUUCUGCAGCCAAACACGUUGUUUCUGUGUAGUAUUUCUGCUCACUCUGAGUUAGGGGUGAGUAACUGCUCUGCUGUAGAAUUAAAACCUAAAAA